AUGAAAGCCAUAGGGAACGGCGGGGAGUGGUGGUGGAACCUCCCGUCUCUCCGCCGCAAGUCCGACUCCCGCCGCCGCCGCCGCCGCAACCCUGACCCCCGCGGCCGCCGCCGCGGUCCCCCGCGGGAGCCGCUCUCGUCGUCCUCCUCCUCGGAGUCCAUCGAGCAGGGCCGCGGCUGGCCCAUCGAAUUCCCCUUCAGGCAGGCUGUCACGGCCGCCUCUCUCACCUUCACCGGCGACACAAUCGCGCAAGUCCGCAGCCGCAUCGUCGACCGCCGAAGAUGCUGUCCCGACUCCGACACCAAGGAACUCAUACCAGACAUAUUGCUGAACCAUGAUUGGAUUCGUGCGCUUCGUAUGGCUUCCUAUGGAUUUCUUCUUUAUGGUCCAGGUUCAUAUGCAUGGUAUCAGCUCCUUGAUCGGUGCAUGCCUAAGCAGACGUUUGUAAAUUUGUCUGCUAAGGUCAUCCUGAACCAGAUUGUGCUUGGUCCUUGUGUUAUUGCUGUAAUUUUUGCUUGGAACAACUUAUGGUUGGGGAAACUUUCAGAACUCCCAUCCAAAUAUCAGAAUGAUGCCCUUCCUACGCUUCUAUACGGGUUUAAGUUUUGGAUUCCUGUAUCGAUUGUCAACUUUGGGUAUGGAUACUUGGCUUCUCAUUUUUCAUAUUCAUGUCAGAUGUUUCUAAUGAUGGCUAUGGUUGAAUAA